CGGCAGUCGUCGAGAAGUUUCUGAAAGGGUUUCCAAGUUAAAAUAAUAAUUAUUAUAAAUUAUUUAGACUAAAUGAUCUAGUAUGACUAAAUUAUCGUCUCAUGCAUGAAAUCCGAAGCAUAUGUUAUACUUUUAAUGUUUGUUGGAUGAACGUUAAAUACGCGGCUUCAACUGCUAGAACAGGAUGUCCAUUGUUUUAAUCAUAUCAAUAGCUGUAGCUGUUGUUAGUGUGAUUGUUUGUGUCUACCUCAAGCUGACUCGAACAAGAUGUACCUGCAAAGCAGAUUUGACGGGAAAGACUGUCAUCGUGACAGGGGCUAAUUCAGGUAUUGGAUACUUCACUGCUCUAGACUUUGCCACUCGCAACGCACGAGUCAUUCUUGCCUGCCGCAAUAUGGACAAGGCAACAGAGGCCUGCAGUAAGAUCAAAGAGGAGACCGGGAACAAAAACAUUAUUGCAAAACAUCUUGAACUUAGCAGCUUGAAGUCUGUCAGGAAGUUUGCUGAUGAAAUAAAGAAAGAAGAGAAAAGGCUGCAUAUUUUGGUCAACAAUGCUGGUGUGUUAGGUUUGCCUCAAAUAAUGACAGACGAAGGGCUGGAAUAUAUGUAUGCCACUAAUCAUUUUGGUCCAUUUCUGCUGACAAAUCUGUUACUUGACUUACUAAAGGCAUCGGCUCCCAGUCGGAUUGUGAAUGUGUCAUCAGUUGUGAACAAAAUGGGAAGAAUAGACUUUGGCAAUUUAAGAGCAGAAAGGGCAUUCAACAGACAGGCAAUCUAUUUCAACAGCAAGCUGGCCAACAUCCUAUUUACCAAAGAAUUAGCUAGAAUACUUAAAGGAACAGGUGUUUCGGCAAACUGCUUACAUCCUGGCUCUGUAAACUCAGGACUUCUGCGGAACCUACCAGCCGUAGUGAGGGAACCGCUUAGACUACUUGCUCAUUUCUAUUUUAUGACUGCUGAGGAAGGUGCACAGACUACGAUCCACUGUGCUGUCAGUGAGAAGGUUGAGGGGAUCAGUGGGAUAUACUUCAUGGGGUGUAAGGAGGCCGAUAGCAGUGCUAACCGUGUAUCGCAGGACGAGGGCGUGGCCAGGAAACUCUGGGAGAUCAGUGAAACGUAUACUGGUCUCACACAGUGAUCACCAUGAUGACAUUGAUUCUUAGUUAGAGCUCUCGUCUUUCAAAUGAGGUGGAUUAUGCAAUAAAACAAAGUAGUGUCACACAUAGAGGAGUUAACGGUUAUUAAUCAAUGUUAUGUACUGAGUGAAAUAAUUUUCAGUUCGAGUGACAAAUGAAAAUUAUAUCACGAGGGACAUAAAUUUGAUAAUAACUGGUACCAAGUGUGUAAUUCUAUUUAUUACCUCAUUUAUUUUUCUCUAUAAAAACCUUUUAUUUUUCUACAUGGACAUGUAUUUGUAUGUAUAGAGAACCAGUGUUGUACACAACUUUACACACUAUUCUGAGUAUUCCUGUAACUUUGUAUUUUAUUCAUGAUGACAUCAUUUUCAAAAACUGAAGUCCCGUUUAUUCUGUUUAAAACAAUAACGAUUAAUUGUAUUAAAAUAACAUUUUAUUAUAAAUUUAACAAUAAAAACGUAGAAGCGUAAAGCUAAGGGAAAAAGUUUGUUUUGUUUAAUAACACCACUAGAGCACAUUGAUUUAUUAAUCGUCGGCUUUUGGAUGUCAGGCAUUUGGUAAUUUUGACAUAGUCAAAGACAGGAAACCUGCUACAUUUUUCCAUUAGUAAUAAUUUUGUAUGUUACAUGAAUGCAUGAUAAUUUCUUAGUGAGAAUGGAAACUCAUUUUUUUUGCCCAGUUAUGAGUGUCCGCUGGAGUAAUAAAUAUUUACAAUCUGUAUAUCCUUAAAAUGGAUUUGCAGGAUUCAUGUUCAAGUGUUUAUAAAUACUAGAGUGACAUUUUUAAUAUUUUAUAGUAUUGAUCUUAUCUACUCUUAUAUGCCGUACACCUGACACAUAUUAUUGUCAGUUACUGUUAUGUAAAUUGUUCUCAAACAUUUCAAAAUGAAAAACAGCAGACUUUGGCUAAUGUUAACUGAUCAGUGUUAGAAAAUAAAUUUCAUUGGUAUAUAUUUACUUUAUAUGACAUAUGAAUGUUCAUUUUGUACAACUAUUUAAAAUAUUUUGAGGUAGAAUAAUAAUAGAAGCCACAAGAUGAAUUUUACAUUAUAUGUGUGUUUGUCUCUGUGUGUGUGUGUGUGUGUGUGUGUAUGUUUGUCUAUGUGUGUGUCUGUGUGUGUGUCUGUAUGUUUGUCUGUGUGUGUGUGUGUGUGUCUGUGUGUGCACUUUUCUCUCUAUUAGUGUAAUAUAUGAAUGCAUGCAACAUUUAUGUGUAUGCAUAAAAGUAUGAUACUUGUAACAAUUUAAAAUGAUAUGUGCCAAUACUGUGCUUUCACAAUUAAAUUUUAUUUAGGUACAAGCUCAAUUUUGCCUUCAAAUAAGAAAUGAAACAAAAAUGUAAUUAUGUUGGGGGUUUUUUAGCAGUCAAUGUCCAAAUGAUUCACUGGUUUGAAAAUUAAAUUAAAGUAAUUUUAAUCUUUUUGAUUUCAUGAUUUGAUUUGUGUUAUAUGUUGCUGUCAACAGUUUUACCCACAAUUCCAAAUUAAAAACCAAAGACAAAAAACACACAAAAACACAUGUAAGCAUAUAAAAUGUUUAUUACAUUAAUUUUUUAUUUUUGCGUGGAGUGGGAGAUGGGGGCAGAUUAAUUUUUUUUUUUUUACAAAUAUAAAUUCAACUCAUGCCAACAGAUGGAAAUGCCACCUUUGGUUGGUAGGAAGGAGACCGGUUUAACAACCAGUUUACCUGUUCAGCUAAAGACAACAUAUUUAUGAUAAUUUAAUGAGGUGUAGUAUUGUGGUAGAUAAGGGUUGCAACAUAAGAAUAUUAAAGGUGGUAUGAGUGUCUUGUGUGAAAAAAAGAAUAUGGGGCAAAUGUCCUGGAUUCAUCCAUUAUACCACUGUUCGUGUGUUGCAUUCAGAUUUGUGUGCAGCAUAAUUAAUAGUUGUGCAUAUUUAAGGACAAUAAUGUACAGUGUUUAGUACAUGUAUAUAUACUAGCGGAAAACAGUUUCUGUGCAUCAUUAACUUCUCAGUAAUAUUCAGUCCCCACGCGAAGUCAAAAUCAUAGUGUGAUUUCGCUUUACGGUGACUGGCACAGCGCAGUGUAGCUAGUCAAGGCGAAGUUUGGGCUCACGUGUGCCCUGAUUUUUUAUUAUUACUUAUUUAAAAAUAAAUCAAAACCUUUUGUUUGC